CAGAAUCGCGUGCGAAGAGUCCGGCGUGUCAUUCUGUGGAAUCCGCCAACUGAAACACACUAUAUAACAGCAAACACACACACUCACGCACACACACACACACACACACACAAACACAGGCGAGUUUCUGCUGCAGCUCAUUCUGCGCUCGAUCAUCACACAGCAGAGCAUCUGUUGGUGAAGAUGAUUCCUCCUGGAGACUGUCUGUACGCUGGGAGGAAGAGGAGGAAACCCGUCCAGAAACACAGAAAACCAGCGGCAGUGACGGAGAAGUCGAACCCGUCGAAGCGACACCGCGACCGUCUGAACGCUGAGCUGGAGCGACUCGCCGGACUGCUGCCCUUCUCCCCUGAGAUCAUCUCCAAACUGGACAAACUGUCCGUCCUGCGUCUGAGCGUCAGCUACCUGCGGGUCAAGAGCUUCUUCAGCGCUGUUCAGGAAAACCCUCGUGAGAAACACCUGAACGGGAAAGAGUGCGACACCACGGCCAGCAGUGCCCCUGAGAGCCAGCUGCUGCUAGAGUCUUUAGCAGGUUUUGCGCUGGUGGUCAGCAGUGAUGGGAUGGUCUUCUACGCCUCCUCCACCAUAGUGGACUACCUGGGCUUCCACCAGACAGAUGUGAUGCAUCAGAACGUGUUCGACUACAUUCAUGUGGACGACCGGCAGGAGUUCAGACGACAGCUGCACUGGGCCAUGAACCCUUCAGCUCAAAGCAGCUCGGGUGAAGAUUUCGUGUUCAGCAGUCUGUUCCAGUCUGACGUUCCUCCGGAGUUCUCCUGCUUCCUGAACCGCUGCUUCCUCCUGCGCGUGCGCUGCUUACUGGACAGCAGCUCUGGAUUCCUGACGAUGCAGUUUCAGGGAAGACUGAAGCUCCUUCACGGUCAGAGGAAGAAGACGUCGUCCGGAGCGCUUCUGCCUCCUCAGCUGGCUCUGUUCUGCGUCGCUGUGCCUCUGCUCCUGCCCUCCAUCACCGAGAUGAAGAUGAAGAGCGGCGUGAUGAAGGGCAAACACAGGAACCCCGGCCUUUUCACCUCGUUAGAUCACAAUGACAGAGACGAUGCUUUCAGACAGGCCUCGCUCCUGAGCAAAGACAGCGUCAAGUACAAGAGCGAAGGGCCCUACAGCCCGGACGAGCCUCUGGACUUCUGCAAGACGAGCGGGCAGAAGUUCACAAACCUGGACUGUGGCGUCUGGCCCUCCAGAAGCUCCUCGGUCCUCGGCAAACACUACACUAAACCGUAUCGAUCGGCCCCGGGAUGUUACAGCUCCAGAGCCGAGGCCUUCAUCCCCAAACCCUUCGACAGCGACUGCGGCGUCAAGAGCGAGGGCUUCUGCUUCGACGGAUACGAGGCUCAGGCGGUGCUGGAGCCGGCGGUGAAGGUGGAGCAGGACUCGGACUCGGAGAACGCUUCGUGGACGCAGAUGAAAGCAGAGGCUGGAUUCGGAGAGCAGUACUCUUCCUGUCAGCGUCUGAAGGGAGCGCCGUACACCGGACAGUAUUACGGCUCGACCCGAGCGCUCAAGUGUGUCCUGAACCGAGACGGCGUGGCUGCCAGCGCAUACAACACACACUGCAGCGACGCCUACGCUGACUACAAAGGGUACGUGCAGCACGACUAUAAAGCGGGUUACGAGUUCAAAGGUCACGGGCUGCUCCACUGCAUCAAACAGGAGCCCGUCGACGCUCCGCUGUGGCACGACGACACGAACUGCUCCAUGAGCGCCGCUCACAAGAUCAACCCCUACGUCUUCAUGCAGUAGCUUCUCUCAUUCUGUCAUCUUUCAUUUUAAAAAACUGGAAAUUCAUGAGGUGUGUUUUUAUAACCCACAAUCAUCCCAUUGUUCAUACGCACUUACACAUGUACGCGCACACACACACACACACACACACACACGCGCACACACACACUCACACGCGCACACACACUCACACGCGCACACUCACACGCACACACACACAUACACACACUCACACACACACACACACAUUUGAGCGUCUGGUUAGGCUUUGUUUGGUGAGCUUCCAUUAUAUUUUGUUUCUAUGCACAUUUUUAUAUUGUGAGACUAAUAUUUCUUUCUCAGUUUGUUCAACAAACAUGGACAAGACUAACAUAAAAAAUUACAAUUAAAAAAUUAUCUGAAAAUUAUUGAAAUUAUUUCAUUUGACAGAUUGAUUUGAAGGUUCAGGAUUUGCUGAGAGUCUAGUACAUCAUUACAGUAAUUGUUUUACUUUUAGGAGUUGUUUUGUAAAAGCAUUUCAUCUGCAUUAUUAUUAAUUAUUUAUAAGUACAAAAACUGAAGGAUUUCAUCUGUUUGUGUUUAGAUUUCAGCCGAAUCGUUUACAGAAUAUCAUUAAAUAGCCAAGAGGUGAAAAAACACCUAAAAAAAAAGAUUAUGUUGAAGCAGUUCAGUAAUAAAACAUACAGUAAUUAAUAAUGUCGAAUAUUGAGGCUCUUAAACAUUAAAUUGACUUCAGCACUGAUAAGAAUGCCAAACAUUUCAUGUGUUUAAUAGAGCACGGUAUGACUUUAUAUAAAACUACUGUUCAAUGUAAUAACUAAUAAUGAUAAUAAUACUGCACUUGCACUACUGGGGCUAGUUAAGUGAAAGAGAAGUGUUUGACGAGCUGUUUCUGGAAGGUUCAUUUGUAUCAAUAAUUUCUAUUUAUUGUUUAAUGGCCUUUUGCACUCUUUCAGGAAGGAUUUUAACAUGACGUUUUGCCUCUG